AAUAUCGCUGUUCUUAAUUCCAAUAUGGCGGCCGUCAGUGAGUCUUCCGUCCUUCUUACAGUAAUCAACACAAAAUAUAAGAAAAAUUCCGGAGUAUUACAAUUGCUUACGAACAAUUUAACAUGGUCUCCACAAGGCUCCAGCGCGCCCAAGAUUGACUGCAAAUAUUCCGAAAUUAAAGUUCAGCGAAUAAGCCCUGAGGGGAGCUCCAAGGUCCAACUACAGGUUGUCCUCCAUGACAACAGCUCAUAUAGCAUCCACUUCACCGGCCAGAAUGCUAAGAAAGAAAGGGAUGAUGUCAAGGAAUUACUGGCUCAACUUAUCCCUGCACAUCGCAAAAAGGCCAGCAAGGAAUUAGAGGAGAAAAAUAGAAUGCUGAAGGAUAACCCUGAACUGUACCAAUUGUACAAGGAUCUGGUUGUUAGUGGUGUAAUAACCCCAGAUGAAUUCUGGGCAAAUAGAGGACAGGACACAGGAGCAACAAGCAAAAGCACUGGUGUAAACCAGAGUAUUGGUCUAUCCUCUGCGCUACUGGCAGACAUGCAGCCUGAAAGUUCAGGAUGUAAUGAGGUCAAGUACAGCCUAAAUGCAGACACGAUUGAGACAAUAUUCAGGACAUAUCCAGCAGUAAAGAAAAAGCAUGAAGAAGUUGUUCCUGACCAGAUGACAGAGAAGGACUUCUGGACAAAGUUUUUUCAGUCCCACUACUUUCACCGUGAUCGCUCUGCAGAGACGCGCCCAACUGCAUCUGACAUGUUCACUGAGUGUGCAAAACAGGAUGAGAAAGAGCAACUUGCAAGUAAACUAAACCUUAUAAGUGAUCCCAUGUUGGAUCUGACGGGGGUCUCACCACUACCAGAGGAGGGUUAUGGAUCAGUGCCUUGUGAUGUCCCAGAGCAAGUUUCCAAGAACUCCACCUCCACCCAGUCAUUAUUUCGCCGCCUUAACCACCACAGCCUCAUGGUUCUACACUCCACACCUUCAGCUUCUACAACUAGCGAUGGGAUUCCUAAUGAAGAAAGGAAUGGCACAGUUGAUAACCAGCCAGCGGAACCACCUGCAAAAAAGACCCGCCUCCGUGAGGUGACCGAGUAUGACGACUUACAAGAGCACUCUCCCAUUGAGCCCAUUUCUCUGAAGAUUGUCACCAGAAAUAAAUACUCAGGAGGCCCUGUUACAUUACCUGGCAUUAAUGGCAACACAUCUAUCCCUGGACAUAAUGCCGCUGAUGUCACCACCGCCAUUCAGUACUGCCAGCAUGAGGUCAAUUCCUGGACGCCAGACCUUACACAGGCCCUGUCUAGUGACCAAGCAUGCCAUGUACUGACGGAGAUCUCCCCUGGGGGCUCCCUCAUGGAAACCACUUCACAGGCUAACAUCCAUCAUACACUUAGCAGUACCAUGAAGUCUGAAGUACUGCAGCAGUACAUGGCUCUGACUGAACUUCUGCGUCACUUUUGGUCAUGUUUCCCUGUCAAGACAGCAUUUCUGGAGGAAAAGGUUGCCCGCAUGGGACAGAGCUUAGAAAAAUACCGCAACACUAAACUUGAGCAGUUAAGGGGUAAACUCAGUGAAGGAGAUCUGCAUCUUAUAGAACAUCUAACCGAAAUGUUAGAAGCAGCAACAGCAAAGUAUAGAUCAUGGGAAGGAUUGCGUGCAGCAAAGAUUACAAGAUGACAUUAGCCCUUUUUUCUCCUGGCACCAUCUUGGAUACCAGAUGGAGAAAGGUUUUUUUUGCUUUCAUUUCUAUAUCUGUCUGUAUUUUUCAAUCAGGUCUGGUUGCUAGACCAACCCAAUUCCCCUUUACACUGAUAAUAUUUUUACAUCCUCUUAUAACACUGCUGUAAAAAAAACUUUUUGGAUUGUUCUUGAUUUUUUGUAGCAGUGUAUCUUGAGAAAAGCUUAUCGGGUUUUAAACCAGAAUCCAGAAGAAAUGCAAAUACUUCAAAGAAAUGUAAAUAAAGAAAUAUUAUUUGA